AUGUCUGGCCACAAGUACCACUUUGACGUUUCCAUGUCCUGCUCCGGCUGUUCCGGAGCUGUUGACAGAGUAUUGAAAAAAUUGGACGGUGUUUCUGACAUUGACAUUUCGUUGGAGAAGCAGACUGUCGACGUAACAACUACAGACGCCCUCGACUUCGAUACCGUCUACAACACUAUCGCCAAGACAGGAAAGAAGAUCAACGACGGAAAGGUCAUCCAGUAG